GUGGCGCAUGAUCGAUCUCUCUCUUGCGUGCGUGGGAUAGUGCGGCUGCACCGUUCACGCAGGGUUUAUAAAUAGCCUCAACGAGCUAGUUGGUUAGACAGUCUGCCAUAAUCUCGCCGAACGCCCCAGAGACUGCCAUCCACAGAUCGCAAGAUGCCCAUCGAUCUUUACCAAAUUCCCGGAAGUGCCCCGUGCCGGGCGGUGCGUCUGGCGGCGGCCGCCGUGGGAGUGGACCUGAACCUGAAGAUGACCAAUAUCAUGGCCGGCGACCAUAUGAAACCGGAAUUUUUGAAGAUGAACCCGCAACAUACGAUACCUACGAUGGAUGACAAUGGCUUUUACUUGUGGGAAAGCCGAGCGAUCAUGGCCUAUUUCGUCAACAAGUACGCCAAGGACGAUUCUCUCUAUCCGAAAGAUCCCGUGAAACGAGCCGUGGUCGAUCAGAGGCUAUACUUCGACUUGGGAAGUCUAUACCAGUCGUUCGCCGAAUAUUACUAUCCAUACAUAUUCACUGGAGUUAAGCAAGAUCAGGCAAAGUUCGACAAGAUCGUCAACACGAUGUCUUUCUUCAAUAAAUUCUUGGAAAACGAAAAGUACGCAGCCGGGAAAACUCUCACAAUCGCCGACCUCACCUUGGCCGUUACCGUUUCCAACAUAAAGCUCAUGGAGUUCGAUAUGAGCAAAUACGGUAACGUCUCAAAGUGGCUCGCUAGAAUCGAGGCCGAGGCUCCUAAAUACAAGGAGAUUCAAGACGAGGGUUUAAAGGCCUUCAAAGAAUUCGUCGACCAGAAGAAGUAGUGAAAUCCUCAGACACGGAUUUCAUGGUUAGGAGUAACGCAUCGGUGCUGUUUUUUUUUUAUAUUGUCCAGUAUUUUUAUAUGUGUCACAGAGAGAUGGUAAUUUUGCACAAAUAAAUGACUGUUGAAUAGA